UGUAUGCAUGCAGUAUAGUCCCCUUGCUUUGAUUUCAUGUGAUAGUUGUAAAUGAACGUUGCCGUCAUGCAAGCGGCAUCUUUUGUUUCCAAAUCUUCUAGCUCUGAUCAUCAGGAAAAAUUACCUUACUUGGAAACUACUAAGUGUUAUCUACUUCCGCAAAUCCCGUCUGGCCCAUGCAUGAAUGCAAAAGUGAACAUUAAGCAUUGAUGAUGAUGAUGAUAGAUAAUUAUACGUAUACGUUUACACAACGCAUACUUGUAUGAGUACUGCCGACUUUGAAACGAUGGAAGUACGCGGUUUGUGCGAUACUAUAUACUUAGAUAAAGGUAUUGUACCAGAUAUGAUUCGCGUUGAACUGUACGAACACAAGUGAUAUUGUGUUCAGCAAGUGUGAACAGACAUUCUGAGUUGUGCGAAUGUUUUUUUUUUUAUUUUAUUUUAGUCUCUUAUUUCUGUUGUAAGUUCAUAUUUUUUUUAUUUCGCAUUUGAUUUUACUUAUACUUUUUCAGCACACCAAAAUAAUUUUGGUGUCGAAGAGAGAUGAAAUAAGUAUUAAUUGUAGUGAAUAAAUUAAUAUCGCAGCGGAAUAAUUUAUGUCACCGAAACGUGUUUUUGUUAAAGUUGACAAUAUAAUUACUUCCCCUGACUGUUUCCCUAUUUCCCUUCACUUCCUGCUAUUGUUUGACGCAUAUCUGUUAUUUUGACAGGCUCAUAUAACAGCUGCCAUUUAAGCGAUAUAAUAAGAUAUAGCAGGUUCAUAACGAACUGUAUAUGAAAUAGAUACGGCAUAUUUUAAAAAAUUUUGUACACCUAGAAAUGGAUAUUAAUAUUUGCUUUUGAAGCUAUCAUUGUCCCUCAUAGGUUCUCGCCACUUCUGUAUAUAUUACAUGUUCUUCAUUGGAUCUAUAAUGCGUUAUCUGAUAAUACUGAUAUCUGACACAAGACACAUCAACUGACUAAUGAAGAAUAUGAAAGACUGAAGAAUGACUUCAUGAAGUUAACAUGAGACAGAGGUUAUCUUACUUCUCUGAAAUUUUAAAAAGUUGAUUGGAAAUAUGUCUUGUCUUGAUUUUUUUUUGUGGUUGAACUCAAGAAAUUUAAUAGAAAACAUUACCAACCUUAUAUUUAAUGCAUAAGAUAUCUGGAUAUAUUUUGAAAAUUGGAUUGAUUGAAUACAAUCAUGUUUGACAGGAUAACAUUUAAUUCAAAAAUUAAAAUCAACAAGUAUGGUAUUUAUCUGAAAAGAGUAUGAAAAAUGUUUAUAUGUAAGAGACAUAGCUAAAAAGAAACAAUUUCAAAUGACAAUGUAUAUUAUCACAAAAAAUAAUCUGUGUCAUAAUAACAUCUUAAUCACAGUCUCACAUUACCUUAUAAAACUAUGAAUUAAAGAAAAACAUAUAUAAAGAAGAAAUUAAAUUUGCAUUUUGUGAGGAACAUAUGACAUUAUGGAGGAGAGUCUGUGUAAGAAUCAGGUCUAUGAGAAUAAGGAUUUCCCUCACCCAAAUGAGAAAGAUGUACAGAUGAAAUCAUAUGACUGUGACAUCAAAACAAACACAUCCACGGAAACCAGUGAACACAAUUCACUUAAUACAAAUUCAAAUGUUUACCAUUGUAAAGAUUGUGAUGAAAAUUUCACAUAUGAUUCUUUGCUUUCACACAAAUGUACUCACACAGAUGAGAAACUAUGCCAAUGUGAUAUCUGCGGUAAAAUUUUCUCUUGCGAUGGCGACUUGACUGCUCACAUAUGUACACAGACAAGUAAGAAAACAUUUAACUGUGAUGUCUGUGGAAAAACAUUUUACAAGAAUUCUGAUUUAACUCGUCACAUACGCAUUCACACAGGUGAAAAACCAUUCCGCUGUGAUAUCUGUGGUAAAACAUUUUGCCAGCAGUCUCAAUUAAAUCUUCACAGACGUACUCACACAGGUGAGAAACCAUAUCAUUGUGAUAUCUGUGGUAAAACAUUCUCUACAAAUACUUUAACUCGUCAUAUACGUACACACACAGGUGAAAAACCAUACCACUGUAAUAACUGUGGCAAAUCAUUUUCUCGAAAUUAUAAAUUGACUAGUCACAAAUGUACUCAAACUAAUGAGAAACUACACCCCUGUGAUAUCUGUGGUAAAACAUUCUCUCAGAAUUCUGUCUUAGUUCAUCACAUGCGUAUUCAUAGAGGUGAGAAACCUUACCACUGUGAUAUCUGUGGCAAAAAAUUUUCUGGAAGUUCUCACUUAACUCGUCAUGUACGUACUCACACAGGUGAGAAACCUUACCACUGUGAUAUCUGUGGCAAAAAAUUUUCUGGAAGUUCUCACUUAACUCGUCAUGUACGUACUCACACAGGUGAGAAACCUUACCACUGUGAUAUCUGUGGCAAAAAAUUUUCUGGAAGUUCUCACUUAACUCGUCAUGUACGUACUCACACAGGUGAGAAACCAUACCGCUGUGAUAUUUGUGGCAAAACAUUCUUUUGUAAUAGUGAAUUGACUAUACACAUAUUUAGUCACACAGGUGAGAAACCACAUCAUUGUGUUAUCUGUGGUAAAACAUUUACUACAAAAUUUCACUUAACUCGUCACACACGAACUCACACAGGUGAAAAACCAUACCAUUGUGAUAUAUGUGAUAAAUCAUUUUCCACAAAUUAUCAGUUAACUGUUCACAAAUGUUCUUACAUGAGUGCGAAUGCAUACUACUGUGGUAUCUGUGGUAAAACAUUUUACCGACAUGGAGAUUUCACUAUUCACAAGCGUACUCACACAGGUGAAAGUAUGCCACUGAUAUCUGUGCUGAAACAUUCCAAGGAAAUUCUCACUUGAUUUAUAAUGUAUGUACUUCUAUAGGUGUAAAAUUAUAUUACUGUGAUAUCUGUAAUAAGUAAUUUUCUCAGGAUUAUAUACUGACUAUUCACAGUUGUACUCCCACAAGUUAGAACCCAUAUUACUGAUCCACAUUAUCAUAGUUAUUUUGUCUACUGAAUGUGUUGCUAGGGUCCAAGUCAGUUCUAAUUUGUUAUGGCUGCUCUUACUACUUAAUAUUUUGACACAGUUUCUACAGCAGGAUUCUUUUCCUAACUGUAAACCAAUUUACAGUGUACUAGGUUCAUUUUAUCAUGGCUCCAGCUCUAGAAAGAUUGUCAUGUCCUUGACAUGACAGCCUCUCACUCUUCUCUGUGCUUGUUUGUUAGCCACUUUAUGAACUUGUCUUCCACUCACAAGAGUUCUCACUUAACUACAUUGUUUCUGUUUGUUAAGUACAACAUAGAAGAGAUGGACUUUGGUCAGACAGAUGAAGAUACAAUAUUAUAAAACAGAAACAAUGAUUGUGGUGACAGUAUGGAAGAGGAGGGAGAAAUGGAAAAUGUAUGAGGAGAAGUACUGGAAGAGACAAAGUGAUGGCAAGAAUGUGAUGGAUGUCAUGUGGAGUAGUAGUUAGUCAUACAGAAAGCUAGUGUUAGCUGCUGAGAGAAUAUGCAAAGUGAUGAGUAGUUGAGACGAUAAUGGUUAGAGUGUGAUGGAUGUUAAUAAAAGAGUGAAACGAUGGAGAGGGAGUAUGAUUAGUUAUGUGGGAGGGUAAAUGGAGAGGUCUAUUGGAUAACAACAUACCCAAUGCAAUCCUUCAUUACUCAGGAACUAUGAUGAGAGAAAGAAAGGAGUAGUUUUGUAUGGUGGUUGGUGAGAAAAUGAGAUCUCAUGUCUUUCUGCAUCAGAAAACUGUUACAGGUGAGGGGUGAAAGAAAGAUGAGAGGAUAUUGAAUAGGGAUGAGAGGCAGCAGGAGAUCAGUAUGGACAAAAUGGGCAAAAGAUUGAGAUAUUAAUAUAUUCCAGUCUCCCACCAUUACUCCCAUUUUAAUGUACAUUUUUCUAUGCUUACAUAGAUGGUUAGGUCUUCUCAAGCAUCAUGUAUUACUAAUCAACAUAAUCUUUUGUUGUUUUCUCUAUGAGUUGUAACAUCUUAAUAUGAGUUUUCCUUUCUUCACUCGAAGUCUUCCUUAAUCUCUCUCUCUCUCUUUUACAGAUUUCUUUCACAUUGUACACAGUUCAGACUGUAAAUAUAGUAAAGUUACUGGGUCUUGGAGUGUAGUAGUCCUACAUAAGUGAUACAGAGGAGAGAAUUUUUUAGUUUUGUGUGAGUGUGAGAGUUUGUGUUACUAUUGUUUAACAUUUACAUUUUGCAUUUUCCCAAUGGUUUGAAAUUUAUCUUUAAAAGUAGAUAAAGGCUGUAGCUUAUUUUUGUAAACAUUGUUCCACGAUGCUUAUUAUAAAAGCAUCUAUAUUAUGCUAGACUGGAAAAUGCAAGCAAAGGAUAACAAUAUUAACUAUUUAAUAUAUCUGGAGAAAUACAGGACAAGAAGUAAGCUUAGAAUAAAAGAUAAGAGUUUAAAAUAUUGCAGCUAAAAUAUAAUUUGAAUGGGUUUCCACUUGAAUAAAACAUUCAAAUAAGCCAAGCCAUUCAAUACUGAUCAACUUUCUUUCACCUAAGAAGUAAACUUAAAAUACAGCGACUAAAUAUAAAAUUCGAUAAAAAUAAUCUGAUGCUUCAUCAUAAAUUCCCAUGUAUCAAAAA